CUAAAGUUAUCACAACGGUUCGCGACGAAAAUAUGAAAUACAGACUUAAAUCAUAAUGUAUAAUUUUAUAAUGUUUUAUAUGUCAAUGUAUUGUAGUACCUAUUACCUAUAAAUUAUUGUAAAUAAAUAACAUAAAUAAAAUGUGUCAUUUGUAAAUCAUAAUUUUACAUUAAACUCAACGAAACGUCUUAUAAAUAUUUUAUACGAGAAAUGAUAGUUAUUGUCGUCACUCGUCAAUCAUACAAUAGCGAUUAAACAGUUGUCUGCUGGACUGAGACAAACUUUAUUUAAUUGUCAGUAUUAUUUUGUCAAAUCUACGUCUACAUCAUGACCAAUAUAUACUUUCCUUUUUACAAGUUCUUCAAAGAUCCAUUGCUUAUAAAAGCUGAAAUUAUUUAUGCUUUACAAGAAUCCAGAGACAGAUGUUUGCACCACAGUACAAAAUUUCUAUCAGAACUAAUGAUAACUUUAAAAAAUAUACCUCCAUAUUUUGAAUUUGAAAAUGAAAAUAAUGAAUUCAUACGUUUUGAGUUAGAACCAGCGUUUACAAAUUUAGAAGACUAUUUGGUGUAUUUUAAAGCACGUGCAUAUUUUGAUCUAGAAGAUUAUCCCAGCUGUGCACACAUAGCAAAACAUACAAAUAACAGCAAAUCUAUGUUUUUGCAUUAUAUGGCUAGAUAUUUAAGCAUUCACAAUGAAUGUAUAUAUGAGCGAACUAACUUAUUUGAUUCGUUUAAACCAAUUAAUAUGCGAGCAUAUAUGGAAUUAUUAGAUGAACUAUUAAUACUCAAUGUAUAUGGCAGUGAAGAUGAUUCUGAUGAAGAAUCUGAAGAAGAAACACAAUCUCAAGAGACAUUGGAUAUUGACAUAGUUAAUCAAAAACACUCUGUACUACAGCAAGAAGAUGAUUCCACUCCUAAAGGAAGACGAUGUAGUAGACGACCACGUAGUUUAAGAAUUGAAAAAGCCAGUACAACUACUCUAGGAAAAAAAAAUAAAAUUACAAAACGCAACAAUACUACUAAAAAAGUUAAAAUUACAGCACUAGCUGCUCAAUCAGAAAAUAAUAUGUCUGCUGGUGAUCACAAAGAAGCUCGAAUUAAACGAGAAGAUCCAUAUUUGUUAUGGCUUACAGCUGUUAUGUUAAAAAGAAUAGAUAGAUGUGAUGAAGCUAUAGAUAUAUUGGUCAGAGCAUUACAAAUUCAACCAUGUUACUGGGGUGCUUGGAUAGAGUUAGCAACAUUAAUUAAGGACUUACAUAUGCUUGAUGCAUUGAACUUACGACUUAAUGAAAGUAAAGAAAAUCAUUGGAUGCAUCUUCUUUUUAUUGCACAUAUGUAUGUUGAUUUUCAAAUAACUGAUCGAGCAGUAAAUAUAUACAAUGAUAUUUUGAAGCUGGGCCAUACUGUUUUUCAAGAUUGGCCAUAUCUACAAGCUCAAUUAGCUAUUGCACAUCAUAACAAGCGUGAAAUCUCGCAUGCAAUAGUAUCAUUUAAAACUGUUAUGGAAAUGGAUCCAUUCAGAAUAGAUAAUUUAGAUCUAUUAUCAAAUCUUAUGUAUGUCUGUACUAGUCCUGAUGAACUCGUAGUUUUAUCCAAGUAUGUAGCGUCUAUUGAUCGUUACCGUCAAGAAACUUUAUGUGUCCUCGGGAAUAUGUAUAGUUUAAAAUGUGAUCACGCCAAAUCAGUUUUGUAUUUUAAAAAAGCUGUGAGAAUUAAUCCAUUUAAUGUAACUGCUUGGACUUUACUGGGACAUGAAUACAUUGAAAUGAAAAACUCUUAUGCCGCCAUUAUUUCAUAUCGUCAAGCUUUAAAAAUAAAUAUAAGAGAUUACAGAGCUUGGUAUGGUUUAGGUCAAAUUUACGAACUAGUAAAGUUGCCGAAUUAUGCAUUAUUUUAUUUUACUCAUGCACGUGAUUUAAGGCCUAGAGAUUAUCGUAUGCUAGUUUCAUUAGGAGAAAUGUUUGAGCGUGCUGAUCGUAUUUUUGAAUCAAUGGCUUGUUUCUAUAAAGCCUUAUUUUACGAUACUGAUGGAACAAUAAUGCUAAAACUUGCAAAAUUUUAUGAUAGAUAUGGCGAUUGUAGCAAUGAAUUAACCCGUGAACAUUUUAGUGUGAUGACUAAAAGAGCUUUGCAAGUUGGAAUAAAAAAUAGAAAUACUAUUGAGUUGAAUUUGAUAUUAAGCAAAAUAUAUUUAUACUUGGGACAUUAUUAUAUGGAUUUACAUUAUUAUGACCGAGCUAUUUCUUUGGCAGAAAGAUGUCGUGAUUUGUGGAAGGAUACAGAGACAAAUGUUUGUCAAUCCUUAAUAGUAAAUAAAGUAUUAGAACAUGUUAAUGCUUUAUUAGCUGAAAUUGAAAUUAGAGCAGGUUCAGAUAGCUCUCUCGCCUCAACAGCUGGUGCUAUUAAAGCACGCAGAUUUUUGUUUGGCCUCUAAUAACUUGACUGUGAAAUGUUUAAAUGAAACAAUAAAUGUAAGGUUAAACUUAUCCUGUUAAAUUAAAUAUUUAUAUAUUUGUAUAAAUUAAUAAAUUAUUUUUUUCUUAUAAAAUUGUCUAAAUAAUAAUGUUCAGUUUUAACAUUUUUUUUUAUAGUUGGUAUAGUAUAAAGGGAUCAUACAUAUCUUUAAAACGGGAUUAUUUUUUUUUAGAUCAUUAUGACACCGUAUUUUGACAAACUUAGAGCAGGACACUUUUGUUCCGUUUUUGGUUAAUAGUCUCAUUUUAAUAAUGUCUGUUUAAAGUCUAUUCACGGAAAAUAAUAAUAUUUUACUGUUUUUCCUUUGUAUUCAAUUAUGAACUAUAGUAAAACUCGCUUAUGAUGCUCUUCAAAGGGGCAACACUCUAAGAUAGUCUUAUUUGCCUAAAUUAAAAAAUAUAUAUACUUAUUAUCAAAUAUAAUUUAACAUAAUAUAAAUAAACAAAUUCAUUCAAAUAUUUA